GGUUUCUUUGAUCUUUGCUCUUCUGAAGCGCGACUGUUUGUUACUUUCAGGUCGCGCGAGCGCGUCACGGCAUAAAGAAGUUUCCUCUCUCUCGCGCGCGUGUGUGUGUCUCUCAACUCUUCAGAAGAAGAUCAGCAGAACAUCUGAAGAGCUUUAGUGAAGAACAUCACUGCUGAAGAAGUUGGUUUGGUGACCGGGAGGAAGAUGCCGCAGCUGAACGGUGGCGGGGGAGAUGAUCUCGGGGCGAAUGAUGAGAUGAUCGCGUUUAAAGAUGAAGGAGAUCACGAGGAGAAGAUCCGCGAGAGCGCGUUUACGGAGAGCGACCUGGCUGAUCUCAAAUCAUCUCUGGUGCACGAGUCCGAAAUCAACUCCAGCACUGCAGUGAUCAGGAGAGGACACACUGAAGAUCAGAGGGUUUACAGUGAAAAGCGAGAUCAUCUAGAUGAAGUGCCAAAACAUCAAGAUGGUGGGAUGUAUAAGUCACCGUACUCUGGAUAUCCAUUUCUGAUGUUACCUGAGCCGUACCUGCCCAAUGGAUCCGUCUCACCAUCUUCCAACAAGGUGUCUGUAGUUCAGCAGGGAAUGCAUCCAUUAACUCCACUGCUGCCGUACGAUCACUUCAGUCCCAACCCGACUCACAUCUCUACAGACGUCAGCCAAAAAACAGGUGUUCACAGAGCUCAGUCUCAGGACAUCUCUAGUUUCUACUCAUUGCCUCAGGGUCAGAUCACUCCCUCCAUGAACUGGCCCAAUCAGCCUGUUUAUCCUCUGCCGUCCUGUGGCUUUCGUCAGUCUUUCUCCUCCAGUCUUCAGAGCAGCUCCUCGUAUCCCAGGUUUUCUCAUUCGCUGAUGCUUCAGCCUGGCAUGCACCCUACAGGGAUCCCUCAUCCUGCUAUUGUGCCCUCUUCAGGCAAACAGGAGCAUGACCAUUACGACAGGAACAUGUAUCAAAAGCAUCACGGAGAGUCAAAGCGCGAGAAAGAGCCGAAAAAGCCGGUAAUAAAGAAACCUCUGAAUGCCUUCAUGUUAUAUAUGAAAGAGAUGAGAGCUAAAGUCAUCGCUGAAUGCACACUGAAGGAAAGUGCUGCUAUCAAUCAGAUCCUGGGCAGACGGUGGCACGCUUUGACCCGGGAGGAACAGGCUAAAUACUAUGAAUUGGCCCGUAAAGAGCGACAGCUUCACAUGCAGCUUUAUCCCAGCUGGUCUGCUCGAGACAACUACAAAUCGAGACUCAACAGACCAGGCAACAUUUCUUCAGGCCUCAACUGUCCAAAUUUGGGUAAAAAGAAGAGAAGAAAACGAGAUAAGCAGGACUCCAGUACAGGAGGAAAAAGAAGUGCAUUCGCUACCUUCAGAGAGGACGCUGCGCCAGCCCCCAUUCUUCCGAUGGAAGUGCUAUAGACUCCCCUCCUUCACCUGUCUAUCACCUGCCAAACCCCGCCUCUCCUCCCCACCGCUCCUCCUCGUGCCCCGCCUCCCCAGUCAACAGUCCCCGCCCACCGAACAACAAACGGCCCUCCCACCCAACCAGAGACUCGC